CCGAAAUGCUGAAGCUCACGGUUCUACUAAUUACAUUGCUGGUCAUAGCAAAAACUGGAUGGACUCGCGAAAAGUUCUCCAUACAAGUACACGAAGGAAAUACUUUUGGUGCGCUCAUCAAGGCGGAACCCUUCACCAAAAUCAACGACGGAUACUACUUCUUUGGCACGGAGUCCUUGAACUGGUACGAGGCCUACGAGAAGUGCCGCGAAUUGAACUCUGAGUUGGUGACAUUCGAAACGGACCAGGAGUUUGAUGCCGUCACGGCUUUCCUGACGGCCAACGGAUCACGGCUGACGUACUGGACAUCGGGAAACGAUCUGGCCAAGACUGGCAGCCACAGGUGGUUCACCAGUGGCCAGCGAAUUAGUUCGCUCAGGUGGGCAAGGAAUCAGCCGGACAAUGCUGGGCAGAAGGAGCACUGCAUCCACCUGGGCUAUAUCUACACGGACUCACAGAAGUUCGAGCUGAACGAUCGACCCUGCUCCCAGGAUGCAAACAGUUUGUUUAAGUACAUAUGCGAAGCUCCCGAAAUGGAAACCAUUUCCAUCGUGGUGUGGAAGUAGAGUGCUUCACAAACCUAUUCCAUUUCAGAUGGUUGACUAUUUAGUUUUGCAAUAGGGGGAAACCACCUGAAUACUUUUUUCUUGA